ACCGGAUGCACAACCGACAUGAAAGAGCGACCUCGCAGAUAGUGGGCGACAGCGUUGAGAUCUUCUGACGAACAACAAGGGUGACCUUGAACAUAGUGGACGACAACAUUGCAGACAUCUGACAAACAAUGUUCAUCCCUUCAGUGAGGCGCUGCGCGCCUAGCAUCUGGAGGAAUACAAGCAAGGAGCUGCAGCGAGCCACCAAGUUUGCUCUAAAUCUCGAAGGCCUGACCCUACCUGUCACGCCUAACCCUAUCUUCGACUUCGCAGAUCCGGAGACCAUCACCACCUUGAAGACGAUGACCGAUCAGUCAGUUGGAGGCUUUUCCACGGCUGCGCUCACCCAGAAGCCUGCAGAACCAGCGACCAAUACACCUGCCCAUGUCCUGUUCCAUGGCAACAUCUCUACCAAACUUCCUGCGAAUAGACCUGACAUCAAUCGAACGGGAUAUGCGGCGUGGCGAAAUCAAGAUCGCGGACGGACACUGUUUGGCGAGCUCUUCUGGAACGUUGACUCAUACAUGUACCUGGCACUACGAGUGAAGAGCGAUGGGAGAAAAUAUUUUGUGAACAUACAAACGGACUCGAUCGUGGAGUCAGACAUACACCAGCAUCGGCUGUACACGAAAUAUCACAAGGGAGCAGAAGCACCAGACAGCCCGGCGCAGUGGGAGACCGUUUGGAUUAAACUACAUGAGUUUGUGCGGACAAACCAUGGCGUUGUCACGGAACCGCAGUCAGAAAUGCUACGGCAGAAAGUGAAGAGCUUCGGCAUUGGACUCAUCGACAGGCAACCGGGACCGUUUGAGCUGGGAGUUGCGGCGUUAUGGGCUACGAAUCUGAACGAGCGGGGUCAGGUGGACGGGCGAACCGGAUGGGAAGAUGGUGAUCAAGGCAGUGCCAGACUCGGCGAGGUGACAGCAGAGAAGCUAGCACAGAAGGAAGAGGAGAAGAGAAACCUGCCACAAGAGAAGAAGAGCUUCCGAGAAAAGGUGCCGCAUUUUGGAAAAGUAGGUACACAUGAUACCUCAGGCGUGAGAUGACCAAAUGCACAGUGCAGCGAGCAAAGGGUACGAAAGAGCUUGUACAGGCGGAUACAGGCAGUGAAGAGCACAAGUUUACAGCCUUGCAAAUGCGCAGCGAUGAUGAGAACACAAUAAGAUUAUUUCAGCUCCUGCAA